AUGAGUGAAUUUGUGGAAGAAGAUAUCGAAGGUUUGCUUCCUGUUUUCGAGACAUUAAAAGAUGUUCAGUUAUUAUCACCUACUGAAAUUGAUGCAUUUGUCAAACGUUGCCAGUUCUUCGAAUAUCUUCUUCAAAAGCCUCGGAAAGAUCCAUCGUCGUUCAAAGGAUAUACCGAUUAUUUGGGAUCGAUUAUGAAGCUUGUUCGAAUGCGACGGAAACGAUUGAAUUACAGGUUGAGAGAAGAUGAAAUUGAAGGCAAAAUCAUCAUCAAAGUUGCCAAUCUGCUGCGACAGUUUGUGAACGAUUUCAGGGGCGGGCAGAGCUUUGGUUUGAUUUGA